UGGGUCUCCUCGCCUUUCCUUCCUGCAGAAGGAGGGUUCGUGGACCACGAGGACCCACCCGAUCCACGACCAUCCCCAAAUCGGCCGAAUCCCAUUGCGUGACCAUUGCUUUUCUUUCUCUUAUGGGCUUUUCCUCAUCAAGCUAUUUCCCCUAUCCUGAAUAUAGUUUUUUACUGUUGUGUGUGUUUUGUUUAUUUUAUAUGUAAUAUUGUAUACAGCAAUGAAUCAACUAACACCCCUUUUUUUACUUCACUGAGACGUUUGAUAUUCAGCAACAAUGUGACCGAGUUUUAGAGAGAAACAGGGGAAGCGCCCAUUCAUUAAAACAUCGCGUUGCCAAGCACAUUAUACGCACGCAUGUCAUCCCCCCCACAUGGUCCGCGAUCGGUAACAUGUUGGGAGGCAAAUUUACACAUCGACUGUCAUACGCAUGUCUACGUAGUUCACGCUAUUUACAGGGAGGGGGCACUAGCGCAGGAAACCUCCUAGCUUUGACUAUCAAGCGAGCCUCGCUAAAUCACCGCUCGCUCUCCCGAGGAAACAAAAACAAUUUAGAAUCGGGUCGACGGCGUGCGACGAGCACAGACCCGCUCUCGAGACGAAGACGCGCUUUCCCGGGGAAUGAGCGUUCCAUGCAGCAUCCUAGGUAUGAAUGACGUGGCCUGGCAGGAGACAAGAGGUGGGAUGCUGCAUGCAAAUGGUGCUCCUGAGACUGGAGGUGUCCGAGUUCACGUAGGGGGAGCUGGACAGGCUUCUGGAGUCCCACAUUUACAGGGCAUGGAGAGGGUUGUUAACCCCACCCCAGGUACCCCGCAGCCUCCACUGAGUGGACGAUCUCAGGAUGACGCCACAGUUGGAUAUUUCUUUCAGAGGCAGCCCGGAGAGCAGCUCGGAGCUUGCACACCCAGCAAACAUCGCUGGCCAACCGGUGAUGCCAAUCAUGUCGAUCAGGUCCGUGCUGCGGAUGAAAUGAACUAUGACUUCCAAGCUCUCGCUUUGGAGUCAAGGGGCAUGGGAGAGCUUCUGCCUGCAAAGAAACUCUGGGAUUCUGAUGAGCUGGCCAAGGAUGGAAGGAAAGGCAUGCUUCUCGGAGAGGAGUGGAGGGACAAUGCAUGGGGAUCAUCUCAUCAUUCAGUGUCCCAGCCAAUCAUGGUGCAGCGACGGCCGGGCCAGAGUUUCCACGGUAACGGUGAUGCCAAUUCCGUGCUCUCACCUCGCUCAGAAGGUGGCGGCCUUGGGGUGAGCAUGGUGGAGUACGUUCUCAGUUCUUCCCCUGGGGACAAGAUGGAUGGUCGUUACAGGAAUGGUGGCUAUGGUGGAGGAGACGUUGACCAAGAUGGGAGAGAGAAGAUUGAUGUCCAAGAGAAAGUCUCCCCCUAUGAAGAGGACAAGAGCCCAGAGAUGAAGGUUGGAGAUGAGAAUGAUCCGGCUAAAGCCAACGGAAGAGGUCUACUUAACGGCAUGGAGAGGGACUGCAAAGACUUCCAUCCGACUCCUGGGAGCCGCCAGGCUUCCCCCACAGAGGCUGUGGAGAGAAUGGGUCCCAUUCAGUCAGGUUUGGAGAUGAUGGGACAGCACCACCCACAUGCCUUCCAACAACACAACCCUGCCCAAAACAAGGCCCCUGAGGACUUCCAGAGCCAGGAGGCCCAAAACAUGGGAGGUAUGGAGCAACAGGCCGGUGUCGAGUCCCUCCAGUUUGACUAUGCCGGUAACCAGAUUCAGGUGGACUCCUCAGGCACUCCAGUAGGAUUGUUUGACUACAACUCACAGCAGCAGUUGUUCCAGAGAUCUAAUGCCCUGACUGUGCAACAGCUAUCCGCAGCUCAGCAACAGCAAUAUGCCCUGGCUGCAGCUCAGCAGCAGCAUCUCGCUGGCCUUGCUCCUGCCUUUGUGCCAAACCCUUACAUCAUCAAUGCUGGCCCCCCUGGAACGGACCCAUACACUGCCGCUGGGCUGGCCGCUGCAGCCUCGCUUGGAGGUCCCACAGUGGUUCCACCACAGUACUAUGGUGUUCCUUGGGGGGUGUAUCCAGCCAACCUUUUCCAGCAACAGGCUGCAUCAUCUGCCAAUCACUCAGCUAAUCAGCAAGCAUCCAAUCAGGGACCAGGGCCGGGCCAACAACAGGUGAUGCGCCAAGGAAACAACCAGCGACCUCUUACACCUGGCCAAGGCCAACAGAGUCAACAGGAAUCUCUGGCGGCAGCAGCAGCAGCAGCAGCGGCUGCUAACCCUGCGUUGGCAUACGCAGGAAUGUCUGGCUAUCAGGUUUUGGCCCCUGCAGCCUAUUAUGACCAGAACGGGGCCUUGGUGAUGGGCCCUGGUGCCCGAGCUGGUCUAGGCGGGCCUGUUCGUCUCGUCCAGACCCCUCUCCUCAUCAACCCUGCAGCGGCACAAGCUGCAGCUGCUGUGUCAGCAUCUGCCUCCGGUAACAUGUCUGGUCCUCCAGGCAGCGGUCUAUACCGCUCAAUGGCUCAACAGCAGCAGCAACAUCAGCAGCAGCAGCAACACCACCACCACCACCAGCAGCAGCAGCAGCAGCAGCAGCAGCAACAACAUCAGCAGCAGCAGCAGCAGCAGCAGCAACAACAUCAGCAGCAGCAACAACAUCAGCAGCAGCAGGCUCCCCCACCCAGCGGUGGCCUGCCCUCCAGCUCAUUUUACGGCUCUGGAUCAGUCCCCAACACUUCUCAGAGCAGCUCCCUUUUCUCACACACCUCUGCCGCGCAGCCGCCGCAAACCACCUCGCUGGGCUUCAGCAGUACCGGUGGAUCCCUCGGCGUUGGCCUGGGCUCUGCUCUCGGAGGCUUUGGCUCUUCUGUGUCCAGCUCCACCAGUAGCAAUGUUUCUCGCAGGGACUCCCUGCUGGCAACCUCGGAUCUAUACAAACGCGCCGGGAGCAGUUUAACUCCCAUCGGCCAGCCCUUUUACAACAGCCUGGGUUACUCCUCUUCGCCCAGCCCCAUUGGUCUCACACCAGGUCACUCUCCACUUACUCCUCCCCCUUCUCUGCCCUCCUCACAUGGAUCCUCUAACAGUCUUCACCUAGGUGGCCUGACAAAUGGGAGCGGCCGUUACAUUUCUGCCGCUCCUGGAGCUGAGGCCAAGUACCGCAGUGCCGGGGGGACGUCCAGUCUUUUCAAUUCCAGCAGCCAGCUAUUCCCUCCGUCUCGGCCUCGCUACAGUCGUUCUGAUGUCAUGCCGUCUGGACGCAGCCGCCUACUGGAAGACUUCAGGAACAACCGCUUCCCGAACCUCCAACUCCGUGACCUGCCCGGCCACAUGGUGGAGUUCUCUCAAGACCAGCAUGGAUCGAGAUUCAUCCAGCAGAAGCUAGAGAGGGCCACUCCAGCCGAGAGGCAGAUGGUGUUUGGAGAGAUUCUGCAGGCGGCAUACCAACUGAUGACUGAUGUAUUUGGGAACUAUGUCAUCCAAAAGUUCUUUGAGUUUGGAAGUGCAGACCAGAAGCUGGCUUUGGCGACGCGCAUCCGUGGCCACGUCCUUCCACUGGCUUUGCAGAUGUAUGGUUGUAGGGUCAUUCAGAAAGCCCUGGAGUCCAUUUCCUCAGACCAGCAGGUAAUUAGCGACAUUGUCCGUGAGCUGGAUGGCCACGUGUUGAAGUGUGUCAAGGACCAAAAUGGCAACCAUGUGGUGCAGAAGUGUAUAGAGUGUGUCCAGCCUCAGGCCCUACAGUUCAUUAUCGAGGCCUUCCAAGGACAGGUGUUUGUGCUCUCCACACACCCUUAUGGCUGCAGAGUAAUCCAAAGGAUUUUGGAGCACUGCACCCAGGAGCAGACUCUACCCAUCCUGGAGGAGCUGCAUCAGCACUCUGAACAGCUGGGCCAGAAAUAUCAAGGCGUAUCAUUGGAGAUGACACCCAAAACAUAUUAUACGGUGUCCCGCGAUGCACUGUUCAAGGAUCAGUAUGGUAACUACGUCAUUCAGCAUGUUUUGGAGCACGGCCGACCAGAAGACAAAAGCAAGAUAGUCGCUGAGGUUCGUGGAAAGGUCCUGGUCCUCAGUCAACACAAAUUUGCAAGCAACGUUGUGGAGAAAUGUGUGAUCCACUCUUCUCGUGCCGAGAGGGCUCUGCUGAUCGACGAGGUGUGCUGCCAGAAGGACGGGCCCCACAGCGCCCUGUACACCAUGAUGAAGGACCAGUACGCCAACUAUGUUGUUCAAAGAAUGAUUGACAUGGCAGAACCAGCGCAGCGCAAGAUCAUUAUGCACAAGAUCCGUCCUCACAUUGCCACUCUACGCAAGUACACCUACGGGAAGCACAUUCUAGCCAAGUUGGAAAAGUACUACAUGAAAAGCGGAUCUGAGCUCGGUCCCAUCGGUGGCCCAACCAAUGGCCUCAUGUAGUCUCGUCGACACAGUGGGCCCGUCAAGGAGUGGGGUCCCCCCCCCCCCCC